AUGGUAGAUCAAGGUAGCGUUGUGGAUAUAAUGUAUCCAGACUUGUAUAAGGGGCUAAGUCUGAAGCCAGAGGACUUAGCAACCUACAGCUCCCCUCUAGUGAGUUUUGAGGGAAGGAUGGUCGCUCCGAAAGGACUGAUCAGGCUACCUGUGCAAGCCGGAAUGGAUGUAGUGGAGGUGGACUUCAUUGUCGUAGACGUUUUUUCUCCAUACACGGCUAUUAUGGGCAAACCUUGGCUUCAUACCCUGGGAGCGGUCUUGUCUACUCUGCAUCAGAAAGUGAAGUACCCAUCCGGAGGCCAAGUUGGGGCUAAGUUGCCUUUGCAAGAGAAGGAGAGGUUACUGAAGUUCCUCCGAGCAAAUGUAGACGUGUUUGCAUGGAAUCCGUAUGAAGCCCCGGGUGUGGACCCGAAUUUCAUUUGUCAUCAACUCAACGUGAAUCCCUCCAUUAUUCCCAAGAGACAGCCACCUCGGCGACCAUCAAAAGAGCAUGCCGAGGCUAUCAGGAGUGAGGUGACCAAGCUCAAACAAGUUGGGGCUAUCAAAGAAGUUUUUUAUCCUCAAUGGUUGGCCAAUACGGUGGUGGUAAAAAGGAAGACAGGAAAGUGGCGAGUGUGCGUGGACUUCACGGACCUCAAUAAGGCUUGUCCUAAGGAUCCAUUUCCUAUGCCGAAGAUAGACCAGUUGGUAGAUGCAACCAUGGUGACUCAUAGAGGAAUUGAAGUGAACCUAGAUCAGAUUAAGGCCAUUAACGACUUACAAGCACUUCGAAAUCCAAAGGAGAUGCAGAAACUAACUGGAAUGACUGCUGCUUUGAACCGGUUUAUCUCCAGGCCGCCUAUCAUGUCUAGUCCUGAGGUGGAUGAGGUAUUGUUUGCUUAUCUAGCAGUUGCCCCCCAUACAGUUUGUUUUGUCUUAAUACGAGAGGACAGUGGCAUCCAAAGGCCAGUUUACUAUGUAAGCAAGUCCCUUCAUGAGGCCGAGUUACCUCUCAAGUCCAUACUAAGAAGUGCAGACUACACCGGAAGAAUUGCAAAGUGGGGCACAAUUCUAGGUGCUUUCGAUAUCAAGUAUAUGCCUCGCACCUCUGUGAAAGGCUAA